GUUCUGGAAAUCGCUUGUGUCCAUGUGGAAAAACAAAGUACACCUUGCCUUGUACUGAAGAUGUGCCCACUUGCGGUGAUAGCUGUGAUAAGGUUUUGGAGUGUGGACUACACAAGUGCUCCCAACGCUGUCACAGAGGUCCAUGUGAAACAUGCAGGCAGGAGGUUGAAAAGCAAUGUCGCUGCGGAAAACACACCAAGCAAAUGCCCUGUCAUAAGCCUUAUUUAUGUGAGACCAAAUGCCCUAAAACUCGGGACUGCCAGAGACAUCAGUGCAAGAGGAAGUGUUGCACUGGAAACUGCCUGUCCUGUGACCAGCAAUGUGGACGUACCCUGGGAUGCAGAAAUCACAAGUGUCCUUCAGUGUGCCACAGAGGAAGCUGUUACCCUUGUCCAGUAACUGUUGAUGUGAAAUGUAACUGUGGCAAAACUAUAUUGACAGUUCCUUGUGGCAGAGAGCGCAGUACUAAACCACCACGCUGCAAGGCGGUGUGCAGUCACCCUCCUACCUGCCAUCAUGAGACCAGAGAAAAAACAUAGAUGUCAUUUUGGUCCAUGUCCGACAUGCCGACAGGUUUGUCAGAAAACCUUCCAAAAAUGCGGUCACCUCUGCCCUGUCCCUUGCCAUGAUGAAGCUCUAGUGAAGCAGAAAGGACUGCCUCAGCCAGCCGGUCCUUGGGAGCAGCCCUCUGAACCAGCUUUUAUCCAGACUGCUUUGCCAUGUCCUCCUUGUCAAGUCCCUAUACCAACGGAAUGUCUCGGCAAACAUGAGAUAAGCCCAUUGCCAUGUCAUUCUGCUGGUCCAUUUUCAUGUAAGAGGCCCUGUGGGCGGUUUCUUGCUUGUGGCAACCACACUUGCAUAAAAGAAUGUCAUAAAGUCACUGAGGAUAAUGGUAACAAAGAGAAGUCUGGUCCAGAAUGUUUUGUGUGUGAAGAGGAAUGCUCAAAACCCCGACCACCAGGCUGUCCUCAUCGUUGCAAUCUCCCAUGUCACCUUAAAGAUUGCCCUCCAUGUGUUCAGAUGAUCAGGACCAAAUGCCACUGCAAGAUUAGCAAUCUUUACAUCGAGUGCAUAAAACUUACUUUGGCUGAUGAAAAGGAAAAGAAUAUCCUGACUUCAUGCAAAAAUCAGUGUCCAAAAGAGCUGCUUUGUGGACAUCGGUGCAAAGAGAUUUGUCAUCAGGGAAGUUGUUCAUUUCUGUGUAUCCAGAAAGUUAAACUUCGAUGUCCUUGUCGAAGAAUUAAAAAGGAGUUCCCAUGUAACACCGCGCGUGAGGGACAUGUUUCACUGGAGUGUGAUUCGCUUUGUUUAGAACUGAAGAAAAAAAAAAGCUGUAGAGAUGAAAGAAAAGGAAACGAAGGCGGCAAAUGAGGAAGAGAAGCGCAAGCAGCAGGCUGAAUUAGAAGCAUUCGAAAACCGUCUGAAAGGAAAACGGAAAAAGAACAGGAAGAGGGAUGAAGCUGAGAUUCAGCCAUCUAUCUGGCAGAAAUAUAAGAAAUAUAUCUUAAUGCCUGUCUGUGGUGUUGUUCUUGCUGUGUUUUACACUGUAUCUGACACAAGUAAAUAUAUGA